AUGCAGGCUAUUACACAGCUUCCUACCCAUCCUCUUCCUUUGGAGAAGCCUUCGCCUUCCAAGAUCAUCACUGAUAAUGCUGGCAAAGAUUCGUACACCUGGAAACUAACCGAAAGUGAGCGGUCCCACAUAGCCGAUAUGCUUAAUAUCAAAUAUCGAAAGCCUCAAUUUCCGUGCAUGGUAAUGUUAUGA